GUGUCAUUUAUAUUGAUCAUUGGAUUUUGAGUUCCAAUGAUGCUUGUGUCAACUAAUUCCAACUUUUCUAGCAGCUAUAUAAAAGAUGGCAGAUGGAGAGGACAUCCAGCCUCUUGUAUGCGAUAAUGGAACAGGAAUGGUUAAGGCUGGAUUUGCUGGUGAUGAUGCUCCCAGGGCAGUUUUCCCUAGCAUUGUUGGCCGACCUCGUCACACCGGCGUGAUGGUCGGCAUGGGCCAGAAAGAUGCUUAUGUAGGUGAUGAAGCUCAAUCCAAGCGUGGUAUUUUGACCCUGAAAUACCCAAUUGAGCAUGGUAUUGUUAGCAACUGGGAUGACAUGGAAAAGAUUUGGCAUCACACGUUCUAUAAUGAGCUUCGUGUUGCCCCAGAGGAGCAUCCUGUUCUCCUAACUGAGGCCCCUCUUAACCCCAAAGCUAACCGUGAAAAGAUGACCCAAAUCAUGUUUGAGACCUUUAACACUCCUGCCAUGUAUGUAGCUAUUCAAGCUGUCCUCUCACUAUAUGCCAGUGGUCGAACAACUGGAAUUGUGAUGGAUUCUGGUGAUGGUGUGAGUCAUACAGUCCCCAUUUAUGAGGGGUAUGCUCUCCCACAUGCCAUUCUUCGACUUGACCUUGCUGGCCGUGAUCUUACUGAUAACUUGAUGAAAAUUCUCACGGAGCGUGGAUACUCAUUCACGACCACAGCAGAGCGAGAAAUUGUGAGGGAUAUGAAGGAAAAGCUUUCAUAUAUUGCACUUGACUAUGAGCAGGAACUUGAAACUUCUAAGACCAGUUCAUCAGUUGAAAAGAGCUAUGAGUUGCCUGAUGGACAAGUCAUCACGAUCGGUGCCGAACGUUUUAGAUGCCCGGAAGUUCUCUUCCAGCCAUCCAUGAUCGGAAUGGAAGCUGCGGGCAUUCAUGAAACUACAUAUAAUUCCAUCAUGAAGUGUGACGUGGAUAUUAGGAAGGAUCUGUAUGGUAAUAUCGUCCUCUCCGGUGGUUCGACCAUGUUUACGGGCAUUGCCGAUAGAAUGAGCAAGGAAAUCUCUGCAUUGGCGCCGAGCAGCAUGAAGAUCAAGGUGGUGGCACCUCCAGAAAGAAAGUACAGUGUUUGGAUUGGUGGCUCCAUCUUGGCUUCUCUGAGUACCUUCCAGCAGAUGUGGAUUGCAAAGGCAGAGUAUGAUGAGUCUGGGCCAUCGAUUGUGCACAGGAAGUGCUUCUAAAAGACAAGAAGAAGCAGAAGGGUCAAGACAUAUGGGAGUGUACUGUUUUAUGUGUCGGAAUGAAAGGCAACUUUGUAGCCUUUUUUUUGUUUGUCUGUUUGUUUAGCAUUUUUGUCCUUCGCUAUUGUUCUAAUAUUGAAAUAAUUGAUUUCAAGAAGGUACUGGAGUUGGUUGCCGAGACUCUUAAUCAUAAUUUAAGACUCUAAACAUCAUUGAUUACAAAAA